AUGACUGUACAUCAAAAACAUAAGGGAAUGCUUAUUUCUGAUGAAGAGACAAUAAAUUCACAUUUGUAUAAUAAUUUUUUAAAUAAAUUUAAUAACUCCAUUCUUGAUACUAAUAAUAAUAACAAUAAUAAUAUAUUAAAUGACUACAAACAAAAUAGCCAUAUAAAUAAUAACAUGGAGGAUUAUGAAAAUCUUGAAUAUAUAAAAAGAUUAAAGGAACAAAAAAAAAUUAGAGAUAAUGCAUAUAAAAAAGUGGCAAAUGAUAUUGAAUUGAGAAAAUUAAUAGAGAGAGCUCAAAUGAAGCAUUCGAAUUUUAAUAUUUCAAGUAUUGGCUCAAAUAAUCUCAAUAAUCAAUAUCACAGGACUGAUAUGUUUAAUCACAAUAAACAAAAUGGAGAUAUAAACAAUAACAUGGAUAAUGAUGGUAAUCAUGAUAUUCAUUUAUUAAAAGGUGGACAAAAUAGUAAAAUAACUAAAGAAUUUUUCAAAAAUUAUGAAGAAAAUAUUUCGAAAGGAAAAGAAAAUGAUCCAAAUAAUCAAGACAUAUAUAAUACAACAUAUAUAAACAAUACCAAUAUAAAAGGUGGAAGAUUAUUACGCAAUAUAAAUAAAAAUAAAAAUAUAAAUAAUACUAAUCAUAAUAUAUCAGAAAUUGUAAACCCAAUUGUUGAUCAACAUAGACAAUUCAUAUCAUCUCAAGAAAAUAAAGGAAUGAAAAAAAAAAAUUCUGAAAAAAUAUCUUUAGAAAAAGAAAUUUUAAAUAGAUACACUAAUAAUAAUCGAAAUAAUAAUCACAUUCAAACAAAUAACAUGGGCCGUUAUAAUACAAGAAAUAAUAAUGAACAAGAUCAUAUAUAUUAUAACAAUCAAGAUGAAGAAGAAAAUGAUAUACCAAACGAAUGUAACAUGCAUCAAAAUGAAUCUAAUAUAAGAAAUCGUUUGAAAAACCUUACAAAAAAUAAUAUAAAAAUACAACCACGAAAUUACCUUAAAACUCAAGGAAAAAAUAAUGAAUAUAUUAACAAUUCAAAAAUAAAAUAUAGCAAAGAAAAUAACUAUGAUGACUAUGAAGAAGACUAUAAUAAUAAUCCCAAUGAAAAUAGCCAAUGUAAUGAUAUAGUUAGAGAUAAUAAUAAUGUAACAAAUAAAAAUAGUGAUAUAUAUAAUACUAGAAGAUAUAAUAAUACUAGAAGAUAUAAUAAUUAUCAUGAAGAAUAUAUUAAUUAUGAAAAAAAUGAAAAUCGAAGAAGACAGAUAAACUAUGAUGCACAAUUUAUAAAUGCAAAUAUUAUUAGAAAUAAAAAUGGUGAACUAGUCGAAAAUGAUAUACAACAAAUGGCUAGUGUACCUGUGAAAAAUAGAAACGAUAAUGAACUUGUUGAAAAUUCACAAUCUAAUCCAAAGACAAAAGAAAAUAAAACUAAAAAAACAAAAAAAACCCUUACCAAAAAUAAUACUAAUUCUACAAAUAUACCUAAAAAUAAAAAUAAUGCAAUCAAAAAUGUUAAUAUAAUAAAUUCGAAAAAUUCAAAUAUUUUACAAAAUAAUGAAAGAAAAGCUUACAUCUCUGAUAAUAAUGAAUAUUCAUCAAACCCAAAACAUAAAGUUACGGCUAUUUCAAAUGCCCAAAAUAAUACCAAUAAAGGUGGAAAUUAUUCAAAUAAUGAAAAUUAUUAUUCCAAUAAUUAUGGUGCAAAUACCAGAAGUACUAAUAUUAAUCGUUUUAAUGAAAGAUAUCCAGACCAAGAUGCUGAUACAGAACAAAAAAAGCGAAAAAAAAGAGUCACAGAAGAGGGAUCGAAAGAGAGCAACAAAAUAAAUGUAGGAGAGAGCUACCAAGUAUCUAAAUUGCCAAGUUUUUUUUUGUGUCGGUCAGAAUUCAUGUACAAAAGUUAUGAAUCAGUUGAAGAAACAAGUCCAGAACCAUGUGUGUCAUGUUCAGGAUUACCAUGCCAUUGUAAAGUUGGUGGAGCGAUAUUAGUAUAUUCACCCCUUAUGUUAGAAAGAAUAAAAGAACAAUGUAUGAAAAAUAGAGGCUAUCACAAAUGUAUAAAAAAUGAAAUUGAAUUAUCAUCUUAUAUACAAGAAUGCGCAAAAAGCUGGAAAUCAAAUGUUGAUGAAUGGGUCCCAUUUUCACCUGAAUAUGCAUAUAAAUUAUUACAUUACGCUAAUUAUGAUCCACAUAAAGCUAUAAGUAUUAUGAAGUCUUCAGAAUUUUCAUUUAAAAAAAUUAUGGAUCCCCCAACUAGGAAAUAUCAAAAUAAAUGGAAACCUAAAGAUAAAAGAGAAAAUAUAUCCAAAAACCCAUUCCCAUCUCCCUUAACCAUAAGAACAUAUUUGUCUAAACGACAUCACAAUAGUGGAUAUCACCUUCGAUGA